AGCGGAGUUAGAGCGCGAGAGCGCGGCGCGCGACCUGCCUCACUAUGAUCUAGAGCCGGUCAGCACACACUCGGAGAGAGGGGAAAAAACCCGCGCGGAGAGCCAGACUGACCUUAUCUUGUUUACAAAGAUAACUGAACAGACUGCUGAGUGGAAAGAGAGACUCAUGAGUUGGCCUGGUGGGUUUUCGGAGACGUUAUGGAUCUGACUAAAAUGGGUAUGAUACAGCUCCAGAACCCCAACCACCCCACUUCUCUGCUGCACAAGGCCAAUCAGAUGCGCUUAGCCGGCACGCUUUGCGAUGUGGUCAUCAUGGUGGACAGCCAGGAGUUCCACGCUCACCGGACAGUGCUGGCCUGCACCAGCAAGAUGUUCGAGAUCCUCUUCCACCGCAACAGCCAGCAUUACACCCUUGACUUUCUCUCACCAAAGACCUUCCAGCAGAUCCUCGAGUAUGCCUACACUGCCACGCUCCAGGCCAAAGUAGAAGACCUGGAUGACCUGCUGUAUGCUGCAGAGAUAUUAGAGAUAGAGUACCUGGAAGAGCAAUGCCUGAAGAUCUUGGAGACCAUCCAGUCUUCAGACGAGAAUGAUGCGGAGGUCAGCAUGAACGAUGGUGGCGGCGGCACAGAAGAGGACGAGGAGCGCAAGGGGAGGCACGGCAGGAGCGUCAAGAAGCAUUCCAUGGAGGAGAGCAGCUACGUGUCCGCCGCCCAGCAAGCACUGGCACUGUCCGGCAUGGUGGACCAGAGCCCCUCCGUCUCCACCUCCUUCGGCCUCUCCACCAUGAGCCCGACCAAAGCCGCCGUGGACAGUUUGAUGAGCAUCGGCCAGUCCCUCCUGCAGAGCGGCAUGCAGCACGCCUUACAGCAUGGCGUGGGCGCCGAUCAGCUGCAGGGCAACUCCCACCCCGCGAUGACUGAGAUCAAGACGGAGAUGAUGCAAGUGGACGAGAGUGGUGAGCACGGGAGCCCAAGACCUGCAGAGUCGGGCGGCUCUAGCAACGGAGAGGCAGACAGGAGCCGGGACGGGCCUGGGACGCCCACCCGGAGCAGUGUGAUCACCAGUGCUCGCGAGCUGCACUACGUCCGUGAAGAUGGGGGCGGAGACCCACAGGCUGAGGUGGGUCAGAUGGGGCAGGAGGGUGUGGUGGGGAUGACCGAAAAGCACCUAGCCUCUCUAUAUGGCAUGCCGCCCAACCACAAGAAUGAGGCCAUGCUGUCCAUGCCCUCCUCUAUGGCCCCGUCCCUGCACAUGGCACCGGCCCUGCCCAUGUCCAUGGACUUCAGUGCUUAUGGUGGCCUUCUGCCACAGAGCUUCAUCCAGAGGGAGUUCUUCAGCAAGCUGGGCGAGCUGGCGGCCAGCAUGAAACCCGAGGGGCGUGGCGGCAGCCAGAGCGAGAGAUGCAACGUGUGUGGUGCCGAACUGCCCGACAAUGAGGCUGUGGAGCAGCACAGGAAGCUGCACAGCGGAAUGAAGACCUACGGCUGUGAGCUGUGCGGCAAGCGCUUCCUAGACAGCCUACGCCUGAGGAUGCACUUGCUGUCUCACUCAGCUGGAGAGAAGGCCAUCGUGUGUGACCAGUGUGGAGCUCAGUUCCAGAAGGAAGAUGCUCUAGAAGCACACCGACAGAUCCACACAGGAUCAGACAUGGCUAUCUUCUGUCUGUUGUGUGGAAAGCGCUUUCAGACGCAGACGGCCCUGCAGCAGCACAUGGAGGUCCAUGCAGGCGUGCGCAGCUACAUCUGCAGCGAGUGUAACCGCACCUUCCCCAGCCACACGGCCCUCAAGCGCCACCUCCGCUCACACACAGGUGACCACCCAUUCGAGUGCGAGUUCUGCGGGAGCUGCUUCCGGGACGAGAGCACGCUGAAGGGCCAUAAGCGCAUCCACACCGGAGAAAAGCCCUAUGAAUGUAAUGGCUGCGGCAAGAAGUUCAGCCUCAAACACCAGCUGGAGACCCACUACCGUGUGCACACAGGUGAGAAGCCGUUUGAGUGCAAGCUGUGCCACCAGCGCUCCAGGGACUACUCGGCCAUGAUCAAGCACCUGCGCACCCACAACGGCGCCUCGCCCUACCAGUGCACCAUCUGCCUGGAGUACUGCCCCAGCCUGUCGGCCAUGCAGAAGCACAUGAAGGGCCACAAGCCCGAGGACAUCCCACCGGACUGGAGGAUAGAGAAGACGUACCUGUACCUGUGCUACGUCUGAGCGAGGCCGCGGGUGGAAGGGGAUGGGGGGAGAGAAGCAUGGAUAGACGGUUUGGAAUGCAGGAGGAAGUAGCGAAAUUGGGGAGGGGGGUGCCAUUUUUUUUGGCCGAGGGGCUGGGCAAGGCAAAGAGAGAAAGGAUGGGAAGUAGAGAGGGAUAGGACUUGAGGAAAAAAAAACGUACCCCUUCAGUAUGGCAUCGUGGUGGUGUCACAUUCUGUUGUGUUGUAAACAACAUUUUGUUGGAACCAGUGUCUCAAACAGGAGGUCAGCUCUACUCACUGAGGUCAUGUGUUACACCUACUCCUGGUAUAUAACUGAGGUUUGGUCUCAUUAAUCUAGAAGUCAAGCACUUACAUCUGAGUUCUAGUGCAGUAGGCUGUGCUGUCUGUUGGUACUGAGUGUUUUUAUCAAUGAACCAUAGACACCCAAUGAGUAGAGCCUUCCUGUCUGAUUCACGUUCAUUAAGUGUUUAUUGGUUUAACCAGCAUACAAAUCAGCUAAGCUCUCAAUGCUCCAUUCAUAAAUGUCAUUUCACUUUCUCUGCAUAAUCUCCAGCGCCGCAUCAUAGCCUUUCAUAGCUUCACCGCACGUACUACAAACCUGUAUUACGACGACAGUUUCUGUUUGAGUUCUUAUCUGACAUUACUGAGUGCGUCCGUUCUUCUGUUUUUCAUCAGUUCCCCUUUCAGUGCACACUGUAUUUUAUUAACUGGAUGUUUUCCUCUUUUUUUUAUUAUUACUUCUCAUUUAUUUUUCUUCUUACCAAGAACACAACCGGUUCAGAACUACAUUUAACAUGCAAUAAUCAGCAGUUAAGAUCAGAAACAAGACUCAGCAUCACAUUAAGAACAUCCACCCACUACAAAUGUAAAAUCUAAUCACCUGUUCAUGCUGUUCUGAUAUAGAGACCAAAAUAUAGACUAAAGCUGCUUUUGCCAGUGGCUUGGACACUAAAGGGCACUGUGACGUUCAGGACUGGUCCCCACAUAUCUGAAUGAUAAGUGAAAAAGAGUUUCACGUGCGGUAUGAGGCCUGGCCUGUCCAGCCCAGAGGGCUACCAUGAAAGAAUAGAUCAACUCUUUAUAUGUUUUUCUUUUGCUACGUCUGCGUUUUCCUAUUUUACCUUGAUUUAUCUCAGCACAUUGUACUUGAAUUACCUCGUAUUUUUUUGUGACCUCAUGGGCUUGUGUUUUAAUUUUUCCUUUCUUUUUUGUUUUUUUUUUUUGUGUGUAUUUGAUUGUGAGCGCAUGUGUCUGUCUGCUACGUUGUGCAGAGGAGAUGUGAAAAACGACGUGUACUCAGAAAAUAAGUGCCACGGUGAAGAGAGAUUAUUAUUGCAUUAUUGUUGUUACCAAACAUGGUAUAUUUUUUGUUGUUUUUUUUUUUUUAUUAACCCUGCUUGUUGAAGAGCUUGUGGGUUUGGUCUUUUUUUGUAAGCUACCUCUAAGUUUUGUUCUGUUUCUUUGUAUGUUUUAUUUUCGUUGGCAAAAGCACAUUUUUUCAUGUGUGUUCGUUUGCAUUAUUGCAACUUUCUCAUCUCAUGCUUUGUCUGUUGAGAUUAGUAAGUGACAUUUAUAAAGGGUAAGAUUUGUUAAUGAUGGAACUGAAAAAAAAAAGUGUUUAUUUUUUUCUUUUAGUGCCCCCCUAACCUUUUCCUUAAGAGCAGUGAAGAGAUUUCGAAGCCUUAAGUUUUGGGGUAAGAGUUGAUCUGGGAGGUAUGUAUGGGAUUGAUGGAGUGUAGUACUUUAAAGUUAAAAAAAAAGCAUUAAACUUGAAAAUAUGUGAAUAGAAUUGUAGUUUUGUAAUGUGAAACAAAAAAAAAAGAUGGUUCACUAAGGCUGAACCGCUGAGAACAGGUCAUAUGCAGCUGUGCAUUGUGCGUUGGACAAUUGGGACUGCAAGUGGUAAUCGAAGAUGAAAGAAAGGAGGAAAAAAAAACGAAAUCCCGUCAGUCAACGUUUCUUUAUAUGAGUGUAGUCCUGAGCAAGAGCCAACAGAGGCCAUUUGAUAUAUAAAAUUGUGAUAUUUUUGUAUUGAGUGUCAGUCCCUUUUCCAUUUGUCGAGGUUUCAGCAGGGCAAAUUUGUAGUUUUACUUGUUUUCCUUUUUUCUCUUUUUUUUUACUUUUUUUUUUCCUUCUGGUUUGAAUCGUUUGCCUUGCUCCUCUUUGGUAAUGUUGGACAUAAGUGUGUGAACAUGUUGUGGUAAGUGUUGAUUUCUGGAUGUCAAUACAUUGUAGGUGAAGGACUAAAUCAGCCACAAACUCCUUUUUUGUGAAAAUAACAAAAAAAAGAGAGAGAUUUCAUGUGAUGCCAAUGAUAAAUUACAUUGCACACAAGAUUUUUCAAACAAUCAUGUUGCCAACAUUUUUGUUUCUUUACUUGAAGUGACUAAAAUAAGAAGGGAUGGGCAGACACGGGUUGGGGGGGCGGGUUGUAAAUGUCUUGUGUCUUGUUGUUAUAUCCUGGAAAACACUGUGAGUCGGGCCGUCUUGGGCCCCCUGUGAGAUUCAAAGCAAGCAUAAGUAGCUCAGUGUAAGAGACAGAAAUAAUAUUGCUUUUCUGUGUGAAGACAUAGUUUGGAAUAUGGAGCAACAAUAAGAGAUAUUAAGCCACAUACCAGUGUCACUGUUCUCGAUACUUGUUUUUUAAUUUCUUUUCUUUGCGCGUGUGCAUUUAGUGUGAGUGUGAGAGUGUAUGCUUGAGAGAGAGAGAGCGUAUUAGUGUCAAAUGCACUAAUCUAAUAGUAAUGUUCUAUGCCACUUUUCUCUCUAUAUGAUUAAAAGAUAUUGGCAUUGAUAUAGUUCUUCCCUCAAUGUUAUUCUGAUGUUUCUGUAAUAUUUGUGCCUAAAUGAAAUUGUUCAACAAGUUGUCCAUCUAUAUCUGCUUAGUUUCUGUAUUUUCAAAAAGAAAAUAAUCGGUGUCUCUAGGGCUCCAGGGAUGCCAGAAUGAUCGGAUCCUGGCUCCACGACGAGGCUAAAUUCAAUCAGAGUGGGGGGAAAAAUAUUUUGCAUGGUGUUUGGAUGGUCUGUUUUUUCAUUAACGACUAAAUAUCAGCUGCAUAGGCGUAGGAUUUUGUACACAAUCUGAGAGCGAAUUAUAAACAUUCCUUGAUACGAAAUAUUGUGCGUUUAUCUCGACGUCUUGCUUUGAAGGGUUUUCUGUUUUCAGAACACGUAUUUUCUUCAGUCGUUUUAAUGCCGGCAACAGGUUUGCUGAUAAACGCUGACAAUAGCAUCCUUUCAACUAGACCGAGAUUACUGCCCCAGCUUGACUUGACUGUUUCUUCAGUUAGAGUACUUAUACUGUCAGUGCGUAUAAAGCGACAGUAAAUAAGACGUCAUCUUGGCAUCCCUGGAGUUGGCUCACUGUGUUCAAGUGUGGUGUUCUUGAAAGAGUAGCCAUUUCAUGCCGUGUUGCCAUGCAUGUGCCAUUGAGGUCUAGACUAAACUGUUUGAGUAACAAAGCACCAAGACAUUGUCUUUUUUUUGUUUUGUUUUUUUUUGUUUGUUUGUUUGUAAAUUAGCACUGAGGACCAAUUGCCCUGUCGGACCAAGCAUAACAAAGCUUUUUUUAUUGUAACAAAGCAUCUCUCUCUGUUCCCCUCUCUCUCUCUUUUCUUUCUUUCUCUUGCUCUCUCGCUCUCUCUUUCUCUUUCUUUUGCUCUCUCGCUCUCCUGUUCUCUUUCUCUUUCUUUAUUUCUCCCCCCACAACCCCCCACUUCGCUCCCCCUUUACUGUACCCCUUCCUUUUUGGCUUAUCUGUUUUUUUGUUUCUUCCUUGUUGUGACAGCACAAGUGCCAGUCCAGUUGCUCUGUACUAAAAAAAAAUAGUGUUUUUAUAAUUAUUUGAAUUGUUAUAGUUACGUCUACCUCAGCACCUAAUCUUAGCCUAAUCUUAGAAGGUGCCCAUUUAUUAUUUUUUUUUUCUGUUUGUUGUCAAUUGUUAAAAAAAAGAAGAAAAAAAACAAUUAAUUUGCAUUAAGCUUUGCAAAGGUCCUUUGUCUUUUCCAGCAACAUGCUAUUUUUGUAGCACUACUUUCUGGCAACCGUGCUACAGAUAUCGGCAUCAGUUUCUGAUGUAGUUUUUCUUUCUGUGUAGAAUCAGACACAUCUCUUUGUAACAUUUCAGUGUUCUCUGAUGGAGUGUGGAAAAAAAAAAUAAAGAAAUUAAAGAGA